GGCCGACCCGGAAGCGGUGGGCCCGGCUUUGGUUUCUCCUCAGCGCAAGCGCGGCCAUGGCCGCGGAGGAGGCGGCGGGCCGGGCCCUGUCGGUGCCGCGGCUGGUAGCGGCGGCUCGGGAGGAGCUGGGGACCGGGACCGGGCGGCGGCGGCGGUGGCCGGCGGCCCGCGCCCUGCAGCUAGCCGGGGAGGUGCUGGCGGUGGCGGCGGGGCUGAAGCCGGCCCUGCUGUACGACUGCGGCGCGGCGGGCCCCGCCGAGCUGCGGCGGUACCUGGCCCGGUUAAGGGAGGCCGGGCUGGCCCCCCGCCGCCUCCAUUUGCUGGGCGCCCAGGGUUCGGUUGUGCUGCUGCAGCCGGGGCUCGCCCGGCGGAGGCUGGCAGCCGUGCUGCGCGCCCGCCCGGCCCCCUUCGUGGACGUCUCGGCAGGGCGGCGCGGUCCGGCCAUCUGCGGCCCAGCGGAGGCCGAGGCCGUCAGGGGCCACCUCGCCGCCCUCCUCGCCCACCUAGGGGCUGCCGAGGCCGCCGGCUCCGGCCCCGUGUCCUCCAGCGAGGUCGUCGCCGCGGGCUGGAACCUGUGCACCGUCGUCGGGGUGCUGCUGGGCUACCCGGCGGCGUACGCCUUCGCCGCGGAGGAAGGUGCCGAGAACUGCCUGGCGCUGACGCCGCUGAGGGUGUUCACGGUCCAGGCCUCCUGCCCCAGGAUAAAGGACGGUCUCAGGGUCCAGAUCUACUCCUUCAGCAUCCCGGAGAGCCUCUGCGCGGAGCUGGAGGAGGUGCUGGGUGCCUGGUGCGAGGAGCUGAAGGAGGCCUUCAGCAUGCAGAGUGACUUUGUAGAUCUCUGCAUUUCGAGUGAGGUCGUGUCUCUUCCAGCGGUUGCCUUGUAAAGCACAAAGUCAGACUUUCUGGCCUGUUUCUCACUUGCGUCAGGGACUGAGGCGAGAGAUCUGGUUCCUGUAUGUGCAGCCCACUGAGGCACUCUCAAGAGGCCCCUGAGCACCAAAGGCUGAAUUUUGACAAUCUCAGGGCCUGGACCUUGUGGGCCGGUUGCAAAUCAAGCAGGUGUACUUCCCAGAAGACCAGUGUGUGGGUGUACGCACUCACAGCUGCUCUGCAGCCUCCAUCUGGACUGUGGAGUGUGCCCUGUCAAGUCAGGGUGUAUUUAUUUGCUGCGAACAGCUGAGGAUUAAUAAAAAAGUUGACCAGCA